ACCUUUUUUCCCUCCCCUCCCCGGUGUCCAUCUUUCAGAGUACGAUGUAUCCGUCCAGGCGUCAGCGAUGGAAUCUCUGAGACGGGCAUUACCUAAGCGUAAAGGGGUACAUAUCGCAAUGUAUCCUUCGCACCGCCCAACAAUACCGUUUCCAUCAACCACGUUCUGAGGAGCCUCCGUACUUGCAUAUGAAUACAAAGUAAAUCGACCUGCCGCCGCAUAUUCGUGUUCAGACCUUCGGAUCGUCGACGACAAGUCAUCGGUCUCCAGCAUACGAUGUAAUUUCCUUCCACACAGUCCCUCAAACGCACCACCACAUAACCUAGUCACACAUCCGCACGCAUACUUACACCGACACGUCCGCCAUGGGGCAUCUCCUCGGCUCGGCGUUGGCAUUUGCCUAGACCCCUCAUCUUAAACACCGAGCCACUGAUUGAAUGUUGCGACAACGCUCAUGAUUGCCAGCCCGACGAGCCCGGCACCAUACCCGACACGUCCGUUUCCCGGUCGUCGGACGGGCCGCCCGACGUGAUUAAUUUGACCACGAUGGCGAGAUGCUGCUGACGCCGUGUGGUUCCGGACAUAAUAUAGACAGACCGCGCAGUGCUUGGGAAAACAAGGGGAAGAGACGAUGGCAUGCUUGGCAUCCAAGCCCGUCCGUCACGACCGGAGCUGCGGGAUCCAGCCACCCCAUCUUUCAGUCAUCCGACCUUCUGUUGAACGAAGCGAGAGUAGCAAGUCGGGCUGUGCGCAGACGACACGACACGACGUCCAGGCGGCCUGGCCUGUGUCUGAGGCGGCAACGAAGGGUUCCGAGCUGCUAGACCAGGUCGACUGACCCGUCUGCUGGGAGGUGCUCCCGGCGCAGAGCGAGCCAAUCCGACGUGCCGUCCACGUAAUUGGAAAGGGAGAAGAAACAGAAAAGGGUACCGAGUCGGUCGAGAGUCAUGGCCCUGCUCCAAGCUGUAUUCCUCUAAGAUGCAUAUGCAGCCAUGCAGCUGCGAAAAGCCCGAACAACCCUCGCGCAGACUCGACAACCGCAUUGAGACGACUUUGCCUCUUGUGCUACUGCUCGCUGCAGUCGCGGACCUUGCACCAAAAGGCACAGAAUACGGUACGCAGGCAAGAGCGAACGAACGAACGGGAAGAUCCUAGCACCCGUGGCCCCCUGGCGGAUCUCCGGUUGGGUGGAUUUGAGUCCAGGGAGAAACCUGCACUUUGAUGGGCCACGCGCGUGGUGUUGCCCCAGAUUAUCCACCUUGAGAAAGAAAAAAAAUCAAACGGGAGAAGGAAAAAACUAGAAAGAAGAUUAGAAAUUGUGAUGGACCGAGGCCAGCCGCCUUGUGCCGCCCCAUCGGCGUCGCGCCUAGUUUCCCUAGCCAGCCUCUGCCACACUUCAUUCGUACGUUCCCAAUUCUAGCGCAGGCAAACGAUGCACAGGUUGAUGACGGCUCUCCAACAUGUCCCAGGGGGGGCGUAUCAACCGCGCGCAUCGUCGUUCCGGGCUGGGUGGUGUUGCUGAAAGCCGAGCAGCGUCUCGCGAGACUCAAACACGCAUGUCCAAACGCCGACAUACCCGUCCUGCCGUAGUAGUCAUUAGCUGAGAAAUGUCCCCAUCAAUGCCCCUGAUGGCGCCAUGUCCACAAUCACGUCCGCCAGACACCCCUCCCUCCUUGCCUGUGUGUCUCGUGACCUGCCCGACCCGUCAUGGUCCCUUGUGUUUAGUCAUAGAAACAGCCGUCGACGCCGUCGCCCCUUCCUUCCUCAAGGUCACGAGCCCAUCAAAUCCCCGACGAAUUGACCGGCCAAAUCUCGUCACGAACGAAUGUGCCUGGCCUAGGUUCCGUCACACUCGCGUUCCUGGUGCAUGUCUCGCCCAAUUCCUACGGCAAAGGAAAUCGAGCGGUGACUUCCUCCUCUUUCCUUGGCGAAUACGACAACAGCAAAUGUGCCUAGUCAGCCAAUCUGAGAGACCUCGGGUUUGUCCCACCAUCACUACAAAAAAAAGAAGAAGAAAAGAAGAAAAAAAGGAAGUGACAGCACAUAACCUCUGUCCCAUCCCUACCCCCCUUCCCUGUCCAACCACUCACGACCCGUCAAACUUACCCCGGAUUUUCCCCUCAAAAAAAGGUCCCAAAACGGCCCAGCCCAGUCCAGUUCUCCUGGUUACGGCCCCCAUUCCAAACUCGGAUAGGAAAGCAACACACACCUCUGAUCACCGUGACCACGGAUACCCAACCCAGUUACAGGCCACGCAUAACGAGCGGCUCAAUCGCGCACGCCACCCCCCUCUUUCCACCUAGUAACGUGAUAGUCUACCAGGACCAUAAGAGGCAAAGGCUGGGGACAUUAGGGGGGAAACUCUGACUACAUAUCUUUACCCCGGAAAAUCUUACCAUAGCUGUCUAGCUCGGCUUGUUGGAAGAGUUGAAGCUGAAACCCUUCCCUUGUACGGAUGCCCCUUUAAAGCACAACGACUCUGGCGACUUGCUAAUAAUUCCUCACCGUUUUGUCCAAGUCUUCUCUGACUACAUACUGUUGAAUCCCCAGGGGGGGGGUAAGGCCACGGCGAGCCAACAUCAUGUCCAAAGUACCAGAGCCAGCGGAGCUCAAACCCCCCUCGUUCCCUCUCUCUCCGUGGCCACCCACCCCAUCCUGUUCACCGCCAGGCAUAGAGACGUUCGAGAAACAUCGGAAACUCUUCUUCCCUCCACUUGCUCCUCAGGAGCUUCAGCUCCGUUGGCCGGCACAGCUUCCGCGGGAGUCACCAACAGUUGAAACCCGCCAGGCC